AUGGUACCUACAUCAGCAUCUCAGAUCAAAGAGGACAAUGACACUAAUGUAGAACCUCCUAAUAGUCCGCGUCAUUGGAAGGUUCUCGCUAGAUGGGACCCGGCUGAAUCGCGGAGGCCUGUUAUUGAUGAAGCUCCGGCAUUCUACCCGUCAUUAGAGGAGUUUGAAGAUACACUUGCUUACAUUGAAAAGAUACGUCCAUUAGCUGAAUCAUUUGGUAUAUGUCGAAUCAUACCACCGUCGAAUUGGUCUCCUCCUUGUCGGCUUAAGGAGAAAAGUAUAUGGGAGGAUACAAAGUUCCCCACCCGUAUUCAGAAUGUGGACUUGCUUCAGAACAGAGAGUCAAUGAAGAAGGAGAAACCUAAGGGAAGAAAGGGGAAACGGAGAAGAAGAAUCUCAAGAUUGAGCUCAUCCAGGAGACGACCUAGCUCUGUUUCUAAAUCAGUUCCCUCUCCCGAGACGAACCAAGAAGAGAAAUUUGGGUUCAUUUCUGGUUCCCAUUUUACUCUGGAAGAGUUUGAGAAAUACGCUCGAUAUUUCAAAGACUCCUACUUUAAAAGAAAAGACAAUGUUGGAGUUGCAAAAUGGGAUCCAUCUGUUGAGGAAAUCGAAGGAGAAUACUGGCGGAUAGUUGAGCAACCAACGGAUGAGGUCGAGGUAUAUUAUGGAGCUGAUUUGGAGAAUCGGGUACUUGGAAGCGGAUUUUACAACGGAGCGAAAAUGUUAUCUGGAAAAAAUGAUAUGGAUCAAUACAUAGCUUCUGGUUGGAACUUGAAUAACUUGUCACGUCUCCCUGGUUCUGUACUCUCGUUUGAACAUAAUGAUAUUUCGGGUAUUCUCGUGCCAUGGCUCUAUGCUGGGAUGUGCUUUUCAUCGUUUUGUUGGCAUGUCGAAGACCAUCACCUAUAUUCAGUGAACUAUCACCAUUUUGGCAAGCCAAAAGUAUGGUAUGGAGUUCCAGGAAGUCAUGCAACCGCCCUCGAGAAGGCGAUGAGAAAACAUUUACCUGAUCUGUUCGAUGACCAACCUGAUCUACUUCAUGGACUGGUUACUCAAUUUUCUCCUUCCAUUUUAAAAGAUGAGGGAGUACCGGUUUAUCGGCUGGUUCAGCAUUCAGGGGAGUAUGUCCUAACAUUCCCGCGGGCAUAUCAUGGCGGAUUCAACUGCGGAUUUAACUGUGCAGAAGCGGUGAAUGUGGCUCCGGUUGACUGGUUGGCUCACGGACAAAAUGCUGUGGAAUUGUACAGUACAGAAACUCGGAAAACGUCUCUAUCUCAUGACAAACUUCUCCUUGGAGCAGCUUAUGAAGCUGUUAAGUCUCUUUGGGAACUCUCAGCUCGUGGGAAAGAAAAUACAAAUAAUUUAAGAUGGAAAAGUUUCUGUGGGAAGAAUGGAACCCUUACUAAGGCAAUCGAGACUCGGUUACGGAUUGAAGAGGGAAGAAUUGAGGCUCUUGGAAACAGUUUCAGCUUGCUAAAGAUGGAGAAGGAGUUUGAUUCAAACUUUGAAAGGGAAUGCAUCUUGUGCCUUUACGACUUGCAUCUUUCGGCUUCUGGCUGCAAAAAAUGCUCCCCCGAAGAAUAUGCUUGUACAAAACACGCGGCCGAUCUCUGUUCGUGUGAAGGGAAUGAUCGGUUCAUCCUUCUUCGUUACACCAUUGAUGAGUUAAGCUCGUUGGUCAGAGCAUUGGAAGGAGAAUCAGAUGAUCUAAAAGCUUGGGCUUCCAAGGUCAUGGAAGGUUAUACAGAGACUCAAAAGGGAGAAUUUAGUUCAGUUACCGAUGAGGAGAAAACGCUAAAAGAAGGUCUUUUCGAUCUGAAUCUUGAAUUUCAAUUAGAUGUCGAGAUUAAAGCUUCAUUAGAGACUUAUGAUGAUGCUUCCAUGAUGAACUCUGUUCCUUGUGUUGAGCCUAAAAAUCUCGGGUUCUUGGUUUUCGGAAAGCUUUGGUGUAACAAGCAUGCUAUAUUUCCAAAAGGGUUUAAGAGCCGGGUUAAGUUCUAUAACGUGCAAGAUCCAAUGAGAAUAAGCUAUUACAUUUCUGAGGUUGUUGAUGCAGGACUUAUGGGUCCACUCUUCAGGGUGACUCUGGAAGAAUCUCAAGAUGAGAGCUUCACUAAUACCUCAGCUCAGGGAUGCUGGGAAAUGGUGUUGCAGAGAGUCAACAAAGAGAUAUCAAAACGCAGCAGCCAAGUACAAAAUGUUCAUAAUUUGGAAAACAUUGACGGGCUACAAAUGUUCGGUUUCCUCUCUCCGUUUAUAAUUCAGACCGGAUUGGACUCGAUUCGGCCUAGCUCUGCUUCAACACCUGGUCAAUCUCUCUCUUACACACCUUAUCAUCUUCAUCUGCAGGCCACUGAGGCUCUUGACCCGAACCAUUGCCUAGUCGAGUAUUGGAACCAUAAGAAACAGAGAGAUUCGUUGGACAUGAAAGAUGUUUCACAUCAAACUCAUCCCUGA